GCCGAAUAUGUCGCACUGCGGCUCAGUCAAUCACCGGCAGAGCCAAGACAUUAGCUGAGCCGAGGUGUGACGGAUCAACCACCGGCAACGAGGGAGAGGAACGGAGCGGGAUACCUGAGGCACCGGGGGAGCGGCGGCAGCGCCCCCAGUGGCCUAUAAAUACACUGCAGCGCGCCGCCCUCCUCCUCUCGGAAGUGCUGUGGUGACGGCCGUGGACUGACAACAUCCGGCCGGUGGAGGGAGAAGCCUCCGUUGUGCUCACCCCGCGGACCCUGCACGGCACACGACUCCGGGCCGCACGCGGUAUGGGUUCAUUCUCACGGGGUGAAUAUGGAAGCCAGCGGCGCCGAAAACAACGUGAAGUCUAUGAUUUUAUCUGCCUGGCAUAAUGUCAAAUACAGCUGGGUACUCAGGACGAAAACCUAUUUUAAAAGAAACUCCCCGGUCUUCUUGCUCGGCAAAUGCUACCACUUCAAAUUCGAAGAGUCUGAAUCUUCUCCCAAUGGCUCUGAUUCUGAGUCGGUGACUGACGAGGAUGCAUUUGGCUCUGUAGAGGAUUUCCGGAAGGACUUUAUCUCCAGGAUAUGGCUGACAUACAGGGAAGAGUUCUCUACGCUGGAGGGGUCUACCUUGACCACAGACUGCGGCUGGGGCUGCACCCUGAGGACAGGGCAGAUGUUACUGGCGCAGGGUCUCCUGGUUCAUUUCAUAGGCAGAGACUGGUUAUGGCCAAAAGCGCUGGACCUCUACCGUCCGGAAGCAGAAUUCUGGUUACAGAACAGCGCUAGAAAGCUUGCGCCCAUUGAGGCGUCCUAUGAUGGCACCAGCCACCACGGUACAACAAAAUCCAGCAGCAAAUCUCAAUCAGCCAAGGAAAACGAAGACCAAAACCAAACUGCGUUUUAUCACCGGAAAAUAAUUUCCUGGUUCUCUGAUCACCCGUCUGCCGACUUCGGGAUUCAUCAGUUGAUUAAGCUUGGGAAAAAUUUGGGCAAAGCUGCUGGAGACUGGUACGGUCCGGCAGUCGUCUCUCACCUCCUGAGGAAAGCGAAGGAGGAGUCCACUGAGCCAGAGCUGCAGGAGAUCUCCAUAUACGUUGCUCAGGACUGCACAAUUUACCGCGAUGACGUUUAUGACCAGAAGAAUAACUCUGACUGUGAUAAAUCCGUUCUUAUUCUGGUUCCUGUCAGACUUGGUGGUGAAAGGACCAAUGCGGAAUACUUUGACUUUGUGAAGGGGAUUCUUAGCCUCGAAUAUUGUGUUGGGAUUAUUGGUGGUCGACCAAAACAGUCCUAUUACUUUGUAGGAUUUCAAGAUGACAGCUUGAUAUACAUGGAUCCUCAUUACUGCCAAUCUUUUGUAGAUGUCAGCAUAAAGGAUUUCCCUCUCGAGUCAUUCCACUGUCCGUCCCCUAAGAAAAUGCCAUUCAAGAAGAUGGACCCAAGCUGCACAAUUGGAUUUUAUUGCAAAAACGCAAAGGACUUUGAGAAGGUGGUAGAUGAGCUCACAAAGGUACUAAAAUCUUCCAGCAAGCAGAACUAUCCUUUAUUUACCUUUGUGAGCGGCCAUGCUCAGGACUUUGAUUUUGUCUGCACGCCGGUCUACGAGCAGGAUGACCUUUUCACGGAGGAGGAAAAGAACAGAUUAAAAGGCUUUAACACCGAGGAGUUUGUCUUGCUGUGACUUUAAUUUUAUUUUUAAUUUUUUUUUUCUCCUGUCCUCUACCUGGAAAUUGUCCACAUUGGGUCCAUCGCGCCGAAACACUAGAUCCUUGACAUGUGUUUUUUUUUUUUUUUCUUUUUUAAAUCCAAUUUUUUUAAAUUAAAAUUUCAUUGACCUUUUUAGCUUUUUCGAGGGGUCUCCCCUCUUUUUAAAAUUUUUAUUUUUUAUUUUAUUUUUUUAAUGGUUUUGUUGUAACGUAGAUACACAAAUGACUUUCUGUACGUGACCCCGCCCACCAGGUUGGCAACGUCGCUGAUUUUGUAAGAUACUGGUUAAUACUCGCCGCGUACAUCAAAUUCUACAUUUUGAGGCCGCCCUGGAAUGAUGAACUAAUCUGCUAUAGAUGCUGAUCAGGGACCAGUUUUGUUUAUCUGGGAAAAUUGCACAAAAAGUUAAAGGGGUACUCCGGUGAAAACUUUUUUUAUAAUUUUUUUUUUUUUUUUUUUUUAAUCAACU